AUGGCUGGUCAGGACCUGACACUAGAUUGCAAUAUGCGUGGACUUGAUAAAUAUGAACGAAAGUGGAUUAGAUACAACCGUAAACUUACCGGUGUGUAUCUGUUAUACAAACGGAUCUUUACGGGUUGUCCCCUCAGAAUGGAUGUUUCAUUGAGAGGUUUUGAGCUAACCCUAACCGAGAUUAAACCCGUGUCGUCCGGCCUUGUAACAAUAGCUGCGCCGGUAUUCACAGACUACGGCCAUCCCCUGUAUGUCAUGGAAGGCCAGCGCCUGGAGCUCGAGUGCAACAACAAAGAAGUGGGUGAAUUGAUGAGAACGUGGACACUGUUUGAUACGGUACUGUUUGUGGAUGACACGCGUAUUUUUACCGACACCAAUCUCAAUGUUGACAAUCGCACCGGGGCGCUAAUUAUAAACACGCUAACUCCCCAGGAUAUUGGGCACUAUACAUGCCGGAUUACGCCAACCACCACUCGAAAUGAACCCACCGAGAUUGUUUACAAUGUGGUG